GGGGCUGUCGCCUUUAUUCCGAACAGCAGAAACUGGCCUGUUCGCCUGCGCGUUUCAUCGUGAGCGCGUGCGGCCUGUUUCUCUUUUUGUACGUGCAGAGGGCGUCCUUGCGUCCUCCCGAGGGCUUCCGGUUUCCCCGUCUUUCGCCCAGGAGUCAGGUCGCUGUCAGUGGAGGCGGGGGAGGGGGUGAACUUCAUCAGAGGCACCGACGCUGGACACAGACUACUGCGUUUGGGGGACAUCGUCCGAAGGAAAUGGGUCACCGGGUUUUUCUCAUUUUAGCGGCCGUAUUCUCUGUCACGUCGACACAGUUUGUGCCGCCGUUUACAGAAAGCUGUCGGACAGAAAUGUAUCCACCAAACGGUCCCACGUUCAGAAGGGCAGUCAGUUGGUACACAGUGGACCUCGAUUUACCGCCCAGUGAGAGAUGGAGGGCUCUAAUUACUGACAAAAAAACAGAUCUGGUCAACAUGAUUCAGGCCAUCAAAGACUUGGCUGAUGCUUUUGUGCCCAGUGGGAGACUGAUUGAGCUUGUUGACAUUACACUGCCUUUGAUGGUGGACACACUCCCUAGUCCUUUCAGCGAAGAAAUUAAAGGAAUUGCAACUGUUUCGGGGAUUAGUCUUGGUGAAGUUGUCCUGUUCAACAUCUUCUAUGAGGUGUUCACUGUGUGCACGUCAAUCGUUGCAGAAGACAUUAAAGGUAACCUCAUUCAUGGCAGAAAUCUGGAUUUUGGAUUAUUUUUGGGCUGGGAUGUGAAAAACAAGUCCUGGAUCAUUAGUGAGAAGCUGAAGCCUCUGGUGGUCAACCUCGACUUCAAGAGAAAUAACCAGACUGUCUUCAAGUCUACAAACUUUGCUGGAUAUGUUGGAAUGCUGACUGGCAUUAAGCCUCACAUAUUCACUCUGACUAUGAAUGAACGCUUCAGCCUUGAUGGAGGAUAUAUUGGCAUCCUGGAGUGGAUCAUGGGGAAGAGAGACGGGAUGUGGAUGAGCUUUCUCACUCGCUCUGUACUAGAAAGUGCUAACAGCUACGAGGAGGCCAAGACCCGCUUGGUUCAGACGAAGCUGCUCGCUCCAGCCUACUUCAUCCUGGGGGGAAACCACACAGGCCAGGGAUGCAUCAUCACCCGGUCCAGGCUGCUCAGUAUUGAUAUGUUGGAGAUUGACCUGAAGCUGGGCCGGUGGUAUGUCCUGGAGACAAACUACGACCACUGGGAGGAGCCUUUUUUCCUGGACGACCGCAGAACUCCGGCUAUGAAGUGUAUGAACCAGACCACACAGAAGAACAUCUCAAUACAGACCAUGUAUGAUGUGCUCUCAACCAAACCAGUGUUGAACAAGUUGACCACAUACACAACACUGAUGCAAGUGUCUGAAGGCAAACUGGAGUCGUAUAUCCGUGACUGUCCUAACCCCUGCAUGCCCUGGUGAUCCUCUACGCACUGAACUCUGAUCAGUUUGUAAAUGCUUAGCUGCCCACAGAAGCAGUGAGUAAAGCAAGCGCGGCCAAUCUUGGGACAAAACAUUAGAUUGUUCCUAUAAGUGUGUGCACAGCUACUAAUCCCCCAAAACCAAAGUUUGUCUCCCUGAUGUGAUUUUGACAUUUGUCUUGUCUUUUUCAGACCGUUCAGGAAAACUUAAAGCUUUAAUGAAAAUACUAAA